AUGGACUCGUCCAAGAUUUACGACCAGGUCCGCGAGCACUACAGCUCGGCCUCCCGCGGCACUAGCGUCAAGUACGGCGAGACGGUAGCCAAGUCCUUUGGCUACAGCGCCGAGGAGCUCGCCAGCAUCCCCAAGGAUGCCAACCUCGGCCUGAGCUGCGGCAACCCGCUAGCCCUCGCCAGUCUGAAGGAGGGCGAAACAGUGCUCGAUUUUGGCAGCGGCGCCGGCUUCGACAUAUUCCUCGCAGCCCCUAAAGUCGGCCCGUCCGGCCGAGCUAUCGGCAUCGACAUGAACGACGACAUGCUAGCCCGGGCCAACCACAUCCUCAACACCCAGCACCCCAACCUACCAGCAAACAUAACCUUCCUCAAAGCCAACAUCACCGCCGUCCCGCUGCCCCCGGACACGGCAGACUGCAUCAUCUCGAACUGCGUCAUCAACCUGGUCCCGCCCGCCGACAAGCCGGCCGUGUUCCGCGAGAUGCACCGCCUGCUCCGGCCCGGCGGCCGCGUCGCCGUGUCCGACAUCCUGGCCAGGCGGCCGCUGCCGGACGCGCUGCGGGCCGACAUGGCGCUGUAUGUCGGGUGCGUGGCCGGGGCGAGCCAGGUGGUUGAGUACGAGCGGUGGUUGGAGGAGGCUGGGUUUCGAGACGUCAUGAUUGUAGACACGGGGGCCGAUUUGAACGUGUAUUGGGAGACGAGAGAGGAUGGGGAGAAAAAGGGGAAAUGCUGCGCCCCGACUGGUGCGGCGGCUGCUGCUGCCUCCCCGGCUGGGAAAUGCUGUGGUGCGCCGGCGAAUGUGGGCAAUGGGGAAACUGAUUUGAAGGUUGACUUGAAUGAGUUUGUUGGCUCGUAUAGUAUCUUUGCCGUUAAGACAUGA